AUGCCGGCAAGAGUAAUCGGAGCGACAGAGGACAUCGAACGCUCCUCCAUGCUCCGACAAGUGGAAUGGCGACAGGAGCUUAUACCGACACACCAUGGAUUAGGCCUUUUUGAGGAUGAGUGCAAGGAAUCCAAAUGCGUGCGCCAUGGUCCAGCCGUUCGAUUCCCGUUCAGAAUCAAGGGCCGGAAACUUGACUACUGUGGUUAUCCUGAAGUUGGGUUUGAUAUAUCAUGCUCGGAUAGGAACGAGACAGUGCUAGAGUUGCCAAAUUCAGUGAAACUCUUAGUCAAAAAGAUAGAUUAUUUUUCUCAAGUGAUUUCUGCAAUUGAUCCACAAGGUAUAGCCUUAGGUCUGCUUCUUCUAGUCGUAUCAGUGAUUGCACUUUACUAUAUCUAUGGCUUCAACAAAAAAGAAAAGGAAUAUCAGUCCAAGAUUGAAUUAGAUGACUACAAAGCUUUCAAACCUUCAAGAAAUUCCUAUACUGAUAUUAAGAGGAUCACAAAUCAGUUCAAGGAAGAACAAGGCCAUGGAGCUUAUGGAACUGUUUAUAAAGUAAAGCUCUCUGGAGAAAGUCUAGUAGCUGUUAAGGUCCUCAACAAUGCCAAAGGUGAUGGAGAGGAAUUUGUAAAUGAAGCUAGCACAAUAGGAAAAAUCCACCAUGUCAAUGUCGUUCGUUUGAUUGGCUGGCUUUUAAGCUGA